UUACAAAAAAUGCUUGCAUUUUCUUUUUCAAUGCCAUGCAAGUCCUCAAAACUUGUAAAUUCAAUAUAUACAACAAUGCAAUUGCGGUCAUGCUCUAGAAGAAGUAUACAAGGAAACAAAAAUUUUGCUUAUGCAGAAAGAAAGAAGACACAAAACUGGUUCCAGGGGCAAUUCUCUAGCCAAAUGAGCAAGGUAGAUGAUGCAAGCAAUGGUGAGUUUGAGACUGCCAUUGCAGCAGCUGCAUACGCUAUCACGCUACAGGAAGAAGAAAGUUUGCUAAAUCAGAACAAGUCUGUUGAAGAAUCGGGAAGCACUUUAACCAAGACCAAAAGCAGAAGGGAAGAAAGCUUGAAUAAGCCAACUGAUAGCAGCAAAACUUCUAGAUGGCUUAGUGGUGAAGAGGCAAAAGAUGGCAAAUCCCCAGUUUCAGGUGGCCGUUCUAUGAGAAAGUCAGGAACGUUAGACCUGGAAGAUUCUGCUGCUAAUCACAGAGUGGCAGAAAAAGAAAGGCACCCCACUCCUACAAUCAAGAAAACACCUACUUUCUCCGACAAGUAUCUAAAUGACACAGGUAGCAAAAAUUUUGGACGUGGACAAGAUCAAAGAGGGCAACAAGAACCAUCCAUGAUAAAACCUAGAGUUUCAUUUCCUGGAAAAGGAGAUGGGGGUGAGAAGACAGCAAACUCCUAUACAGCGGAAACAAAAGCAGAUGCCUGGGAGAAAGCAAAGAUGGCUAAGAUAAAAAAGCGGUAUGAAAAGAUGAACGCCACCAUUCUGGACUGGGAGAAUGAGACGAAGGCGAAAGCCAAACGCCGCUUGGACCGAAAAGAGGGAGAAACGGGACCGAGAAAGGCAAGAGCAUUAGAAGAAUAUCGUAAUGAGAUAUUAAAGAUUGAUCAAAUCGCUGGUAGAGCAAGAGCCGAUGCAGAAGAAAAAAAAAGAAAGGAUGAAUAUAAGGCAAAGGAGAAGGCCAAGAAGAUUCGAUCGACAGGGAAAGUUCCCCGCGCAUGCCCCUGCUUAUGAUAAAUCACUUAAAUGGUAGAAGAAGCGUCCUCACAUGAUAUCUUAUCUGUAUUAUUUGGAGGCAAUUUGCUUACCAAUACUCUGCUGAACAAUAAAGCAUAGCAAAGCUAGGAAAGAAUCUUAUAUUGAGUUGAAAUUUGGAAGUCAUGUAUAUCACAUACAGAUACCCUUGAGAUUAACAAAUGAAACAGGAAGCAGAAA